GCCACGGAGGCUCAGUCGUUCCUGGUCCAGGAAGUGCUGUAUAAUGGCGGCUUUUAUGUUUCAGUAGGAGAACCCUGGCCUCUGGAGUUCAGCUCAGAGACUUCGUUGCAGAUCGCUGGCUCUCCGCAUAGAUCGCAACCCGAAGACUUAGUUCCUGCCUUUGGUCAUUGGCGGGUGGUACCAUUAGCUAGAGCAUCCUGGUUACAUAUUCUGGUGACUCCAUCAGACAGCUUGGGAACCUUCUGAUCCAUCAAGAUGAGCUUCCAGGCCACACCCACACUCCUGCAUCUGGCAGUGCGGAGCCUGCUGAGGGACGAGGCCUUGGCCGUCUCUGGUCUGCAGGACCUGCCCGUGGAGCUCUUCCCGCCGCUGUUCAAGGAGGCCUUCACCCACAAACGGUUCAUAGUCCUGAAGGCGAUGGUGCAGGUCUGGCCCUUCCCUUGUCUCCCACUGGGAGGUCUGAUGAAGAUGAAGGCGUCCUACCUGGAGACCUUACAAAUCAUACUGGAUGGGAUUAAUAUACUGCUUGACCAGAAGGUUCACCCCAGGAGCCACAAACUGAGAGUUCUGGAUUUACGUGCUAUGCACAAGGACUUCUGGAACGUAUGGGCUGGAGAUGAGGCAGCUGCUGGCUCUCUAGAGGUCAAGCGUAAGAAGAAAGCACAAGACAGAAGUACAAGGAUAGUGGCCAAGCAGUCGUUGAAGGUGUUGAUAGACAUGUGCCUCAAGCCAAGAGCCCUGGAUGCAUGCAUGUCCUACCUCCUGCUGUGGGUGGAAGGGAGGACAGGCUUGCUGGGCUGUAAGAAGCUGAAGAUCUCUACGAUCGCUCUCCGGAACAUCGUGAAGGUUGUGGAAAUGCUGGACCUGGACUAUGUGGACGAAGUGGAAGUGUGCUGCACCUGGAAACUGUCCACCCUGGCCAGUUUUGCUCCCUACAUGGGCCAGAUGCGCAAUCUCCGCAAGUUCCUUCUCUCUCAUGUCUGCAUCCCUGUCCCCAUUUCCCUCGAGGAGAAGGGGAAGUUGAUCGACCAGUUUACAUCGCAAUUUCACAACCUGGAGUACCUCCGCGAGCUCUCGUUGGACUCCAUCUCCUUCCUUGAAGGUCAACUGGACCGGUUGCUCAGGUGCCUGAAGGUCCCCUUGGAGACUCUGUCUAUCACUGACUGCCAGCUUUCGGAAUCAGAUUUGAAGUCCCUGUCCCAGUGUCCAGGCAUCCGUCAGCUCAAACAUCUGGAUCUAAGUGGUGUCAUACUGACCAAGAUAAGUCCCAAGCCUCUCCGAGUCCUGCUAGAGACAGUCGCAGCUACCCUGAAGACCCUGGACUUGGAGAACUGUAGAAUUACGGACUCCCAGCUCAGUGUCCUCCUGCCUGCCCUGGGCAGCUGCUCCCAGCUCACCACGUUCAACUACUUAAGGAAUCCCAUCUCUGUGGCUGUUCUGGAACGUCUGCUCUGCCACACUGCCAGGCUGAGCCGCUUAACCCUGGAGAUGUAUUCUACCCCGUGGGAGAUUUAUGGUGCCCAGGGUGCUUUCCACCACAAGAGGCUAGAACAGCUUCGUGAGGAGCUGAGCAGGACAAUGGAGCCCCUGAAACACACUAGGACAGUGUGGUUCAGCAUCAUUCCCUGUCCACCUUGUGGCCACUAGGCCAUGUGAGUCAGAACCCAAGCUGCACCAGGGCUCUGGUCCUAUCCAGCUGGGUACCAAAUUCCUUCUAGCUCUUAGAAGCAGGUUCCUUAUAGUAUAGGUGAAUCCCGAAGAGAACACAGAACCUGUGGUCUCAGUUUGUGUUGGGGGGCGGGGGUGGGGAAGGGAUGGGUCUAGCAGCAAAGGCUACCUCAGAGAGAGAUGUUGACCUGGGAAUUGAUGGGAUCUUUAGGACACAUACAUUCAGAAAUAAGAGGUGAGGUUUCUAGAAUCUAGAUGAAGAAAUACUAUGGUGUGGGCCUGAGUGAAGAAAUGGCCAGUGUCGUCUUCUCUCCUUGGUGU